GGAAGUUCACGACAGAUCACGAGCGACAACACUGUAACAUUAAGGGAAUGACGGCACUCCGGCACGCUUCUCAUCUGGUGACGAGUGUUGGUGUUUGUCAAAUGCAGCUGUUCAGCUUUUAUUUUAAGAGACAGGGGGAGGCUAAUCGCUCGCCAAGUUACCGGAGUGAUUAAAAAUCCGAGACCAUGUCUGCAAUCAAGCUUGCCCUGCAGCAGAACCAGAAGAGGGACAAGAGGAAAACCACAGAAGCCAAGGCGGCCGAAGUGUCUCCGGACUCAAAGUGUCCCAUCUGCUUGGAUGUCUUUAACAACAUUGCCUACCUGGAUAUCUGCCUGCACAAAUUCUGUUUUCGCUGCAUCCACGAGUGGUCCAAGAACAAGGCUGAAUGUCCCUUAUGCAAGCAGCCAUUUAAUUCCAUUUAUCACAGCAUAAAAUCGGAGCAAGACUUUAAACAGUACGACUUGAAGCCGGUUACUAAUGGAUCAUUUGGGAUGUUUGGCGGUGUACGCUUUAGAUACCGUACCACUGUUACCGGGGUACGGCGACAGCAGUGGGGAAGGACUUCUCCUCCUCCAGACAACGGCGUAAUGUUUGAAUCGACAGUCAAUCCUCCGGAGCAGCAGCAGACGCGUUACAUCCGGCGCAUGAUGAUGAGGAUGGCAGCCAAAAAGAAAGCAGCGAGCGAAGGCCGCACGUUGCACAAUAUCAGAGAGCUCGAAAUGGUCAACUUCCGGCGGGAACUUUACAGACAGGGGUUGAGAGUGCGCACUGUGCGCGACGGAGGACGUUCCCGAGACACCUCGGCUGAGUUCUAUCGCAAAAACCCCGCCUGCUUGCACAGACUUCUCCCUUGGCUAAAAAGAGAGCUUGUGGUGCUAUACGGUGCGCACGGCUCCCUGGUUAACAUCGUCCAGCACAUCAUCAUGUCACGCAUUACCCGUGUGGACAUGGAAGACAGAGCCAUCCAGGAAGAGCUCUGGCCGUUUCUGCAGGGCCGCACUGAUCACUUUCUGCACGAAUUCAUCAGCUUCGCAAAGUCCCCGUUUAACAUGGAAGCCUACGACCAACACGCCAUGUACGAUGGCUCGGCCCACUCCUCCAAUUCGGACAUCAGCUCCAACUCGUCUGUCAUAGCUCUUUCCGAGGAUGAGGGCUUGGACUUGGAGCCACCUAGAACCCCCGGUUACAGCACGUCUAAUCUGAGCCGCUCCCUGUGGGAUGACGAAACGCCAGGGCCGUCGUAUUCCACCACUGCGGAGCAGAGUGGAACGGGAAGGGAGUCUGUUCACGAUUCCGACUCGGACAGCAGCGUAGAGGAGGAAGCGCGCCAAAUUCCCACUUCUCCGCCGCAGCAAGGAAAUGCGACACGCAUUCAAGUCGAUGACUGUUUGUCUUCGGAAAGUGACGACUGUGUCAUCGUAGGUUUUAUUAAGCCGAGGACCCAAAGAACGCCCGAGCUGGUGCAGCUCUCCUCCGACGAGUAUUGGAGCGACGACGCUAAAGAAGUGCCACUCCUGCCCCAGCACAUUCGCUUCGACAGCAACAGUCCGUCAUCCUCGCCGAGGAGCGAGCCCGUCGACAUAGGCUGCCGCCGACACCUUGAUACCAAAGAAAAAUUAUGCACUCUAAAGUCGAAAGUAUGCAAGGCGUCGAGUGAGUCCGAGAGAAAGGACAGAGGCGGUUCUGAGCGAUCCAGCCGUAAACGCGACUGGAAGGACAGAAAGCACAAGAGUGGAAGGUCAAGCGCCAAGCCACGACGCCACAGCCGCAGUCCAUCGAACCGCCGCUCCAGAGAGAGAGACUAUUACUGCCCCAAUCGCAGGGAUGAGAAAUACGACCGUAAACUCAGAAGGAAAGAGAGCGACAUCUCCCAUCAGGCUAGCAGAAAACCUUCCCAACGACGCUAUCGCUCCAGGAGUCGCAGCAGUGAACCGAGGCGGCGGGAUGGGCAGAAGUCCAGGUCGAGCUCGCCGAGACGAUCUCACCUCGAAAAGCCCGCCGGCAAGAGGAAAUACAAAACCAGACACCUUGACGACCCCUCGUCCCCCAAAGACGACGACUACGCAACAGAGGAGAAAGAGGAAAGGAGUCUGAGUGUCCGCAGCAAACGACACAAGAAGAAGAGGAAGAAACACAAGAAGAAGAGCCGGCGGCACACGAGCACUGAGAAACAUUCGCCGACUCCGAUCACCAUCGAGAGCGGCAGUGAUCGUAGCGAUGACACACGGGCCGCAACCUCCAGCAAGGACCUCCGCUCCAUGGACGAUGCCGCACAUGAGCCAAUUAAUCAUUUUUGUGGCUUCAGCUUAUAGCUACAACUACCCCUCAUGUCACUGCCUGCAGUAUUUUGAAUGGUAUAGUAGCCGCUCGCCACGAUGCGAUACCGGCUGGGUUGGCUUCACCAGACGCAAAAUUCUCCUUUACGUCGUCAUACGGAAGAGUGGAACUGAUAAUGCGGAAUAAAUAUUCUCGACCGCCAAAUA